GUAUACCUUUAUAGCCACGGUGUCCACGUUUUCAUAUUAAAUCACAAAGUAAUUUUCGCGGAAGAAAUCCGCGUUAAAAUUUCGCUUGUUUCCUUACGAUAAAAUUUCUUUCCAAUACACGUGUGUUGAAAUUUAAAUCUUGAACCAUGGUUGUCAAAACUUCUGGCAAUCAAUUGGAGCAGCGAAUCCAGUGUAUAAAAUUUACCAUUUUCUGCCUGAAUGCCAUCAUAUGGUUACUUGGGAGUUCUAUGUUUGGAUUAUGCAUGUGGUUAAGACUGGAUCCAGGUUUCCAAGAGUGGGUCGAGUUCCUCGAAAUAUAUGAAUUUUACAUUGGCAUCUACAUCUUACUUGCGGCUUCGAUGUUCAUCAUAAUUAUCACGUUUAUUGGGUGUGGAGUCGCCCUUAUGGAGCACAUACUUGGCCUCUAUGCUUACAUAGGACUGCAAUUGCUUUCUUACGCUGUCGGCCUGGUAGGAACUGCGCUUCUCCUCGAUUAUUCCACCUACGACAGCAAAAUUCAACCUCUCAUACGACGAUCUAUGACCACACUGAUCAAUAAUUACCACAAUGAAAGAGCAGUGUUCAUUCUGCAAUUAAUCCAAGAAAGUAUCGGUUGCUGUGGAGCUGAUGGCCCGAUGGAUUAUUUAGCUUUGAAGAAACCACUACCUACCGAAUGCAGAAACACGGUCACUGGGAACGCUUUCUUUCAUGGUUGUGUCGAAGAAAUUUCAUGGUUUUUGGAGGGAAGAACGGGGUGGCUGGCUGGCUUGGCAUUGGCUCUAUGCAUGCUGCAUAUAAUCAUAGCAGCCCUUAGUAUGACGUUGGUCCGAGCUAUUAAGAAGGAGGAGCAGUAUAACACGUUUAAACGCUAAUUUGUAUUAAUUAAACGACAAUUUUCAUCGCAUAUCGUAAUCAACAUCUACAUUCCAUACUAACGUGCCUAUUAAUGACAAUAUUUUAUCACUUCCCGAAUUGAAGUACACGGGGAAGGAAGUAGACUGAAAAAUGAAGUGAAAUGAAUUUGAAAUAAUAGCAUGUUUGAGGAAUUCGAAGAAAGAAUAUGGAAUAUUCCAUAUUUUUUCUUUUCUUUUUUGCUUCAUUUUUGAACAUAGUAUAAUUAUUAACGAAUAAUCGUCGAAGAACAGGUAUUCUUAGGUUUUGUUGAACAGAAAAUUUUUCAUUGCUCGUGGACAGAGUGAAAUUAGACAUGCGUACCUGUUCUAAGAUUAGAAUUAAGUUUCAUUAUGUAUCUUCACACGUUUUAUAUUUUCGAAUUUCUCUCGCGUCAUUAAAGGUAGAUUUGAUGCCUUCAUAAAUAAUAUCGGUACUUUUAUCGAGUGUAAGAUGCGUCAUGUA